AAUGGUGACGUUGUAAACAAGCGAGCUCCAGUACAUCUCUAUAGCAACAAAGGGCACAUUCCAUGGUGUCGCUUCCCCGGACUUUAUGCAGCCAUAUUGAAUGCCGCACCACAGGAAAACUAUCGCUCAAGAAAACGUUGUAAAAAUGGAUUUUAUGCCCGAAAUGCAACGCUAAUUCAUACUUUCUUUUAAGAGGAACGAAAUGGUUGACUCGAUGGUGGACGCAAUUGCAAGAAAGCCUAAUUUACAGGCGUCGAGGACGCGAUCUUUAACGCAGGGAGACACAGCUACCACGGCGCUCUACCCACACCAUGGACAUGGCUCGCACGUCGAGCUGCCCCCGAUCAAGAGCCACACAAUCGGGGCGGUGAAGAAAACCAACGAAAAUGUCCCCACCGGUUUGCAAGUUACGCAGCUCUUUGAAACGGACGAUAACCACAAUUUUAAAAGGCAAGUGCAAAAUAAAGUGAUAGCGAAUGGUCAUUUAUCACAUGAUGCAAAUGCUUUGCCAGAUGUUAAACGUCCAGCAAGUGAUGGAUCGAAAAAUGGAUCUGCGAAAGGGAGAGCUUUGCCGAUGACACCAGAAGAAAGCAUGAAAUUAUACAUGCACAAACUCACUUCAUAUGAACACCAUGAAAUAUUCAACUAUCCUCAUAUAUAUUUUACUGGACCAAAUGCAAAGAAACGACAAGGUGUGAUAGGUGGAGCGAGCAAUUGUGGAUAUGACGAUGAUCAAGGAUCAUACAUUCAUGUUCAACAUGAUCAUGUCGCAUAUCGAUACGAAGUGUUGAAAAUCCUCGGAAAAGGUAGCUUUGGACAAGUCGUGAAAGUGUAUGAUCACAAAACAAAUCAGCAUAUUGCUGUGAAAAUGGUGCGUAACGAAAAACGCUUCCAUCGUCAGGCCCAGGAAGAAAUUCGAAUCUUAGAACACUUGCGUAAACAAGACAAAGACAAUAACAUGAAUCUCAUUCACAUGUUUGAGAGCUUCUCAUUCCGCAAUCACAUAUGCAUCACAUUUGAACUUCUAAGCAUGAACCUGUAUGAACUCAUUAAGAAAAAUAAGUUCCAGGGUUUCAGUCUGCAACUUGUCAGGAAGUUUGCUCAUUCGCUUCUUCAGUGCCUGGAAGGACUUCACCGAAACAAGAUCAUUCAUUGUGAUCUUAAGCCUGAGAACAUCCUCCUCAAGCAGCAGGGAAGGAGUGGAAUCAAAGUGAUUGAUUUUGGUUCCAGCUGCUAUGAGCAUCAACGAAUCUACACGUACAUCCAGAGCCGUUUCUACAGAGCACCGGAGGUGAUCCUCGGAGGAAAGUAUGGCAUGCCCAUCGACAUGUGGAGCUUAGGCUGCAUCUUGGCCGAGCUUCUCACAGGUUACCCACUGCUGCCUGGUGAAGAUGAGGGUGAUCAGUUAGCCUGCAUGAUUGAAGUCAUGGGCAUGCCCUCCCAAAAUCUCAUUGACACUUCCAAGAGAUCUAAGAACUUCAUCAACUCCAAAGGCCAGCCACGUUACUGUACGGUGACGACACUUCCCGAUGGAACAACGGUACUCAACGGAGGGCGAUCUCGCAGAGGGAAGGUACGUGGUCCACCAGGGAGCAAGGAUCUUGUGAAAGCACUGAAAGGGUGUGAUGACCCGCUCUUCCUGGAUUUCCUGAAGCGGUGUCUCGAAUGGGAUCCAUCAAGUCGUAUGACUCCAAGUCAAGCCCUCCGCCACUCCUGGCUUCGUCGCCGUCUACCAAAGCCACCUGCAGAUGGACAUGCAAACACCACCUCAGCCAAGAAUAAGCGUCAUGGCUCAUCUGCAGUGUCUAAGCUUCCUCCCACUGGUGCAGCUGGUAAAGACAGGCAAGAUGUAUCGCAGCGAACCGUUCUACCAAAAAUAGUAACUUAGUCUUAAACAUGUCCUGCCUGCAGAAGCUGUAGCGGUGAUUCUUCAGCUGUAUGAUAUGAAGAAAUGGAACAACUUGCUUAGGAAGGAAAUGAGCAAGUCAAAUACUAUCCAUAACUUGCUGUGUGUGUUGCCUCAGUGCCACAAAUGGUUUACAGUGUCAUGAUAGGAGUUACAUUUAUGCAUCUGAUCCUUGCAGAUUGUAUUGAAUUUGAUGCCUUACAUGUAUCUCAAUAUGAGCUUUUACAAAUGUAGUUGAACUACCUUUUGUCAGCACAUAAUACAUGUAGUUCUCAAAUGACUUAUUAUUGCUAAGUGAUAGAAUUGGUGCCAAAAUCAAUAGUGUUUAUGAGGUUUUUGGGGGGAGGAAAUCUAUAAAACUCCAAUGAAGCAUUCAAAACCAAACUGCAUUACCUCUUACCAAAAACAAAAUGUGUAGUUUGAUGAUUGUGCAGAAAUGGUAUAGUAUGUCUGUAUGUUAAAUUGGGUAUACACAUACAUUCCAUGUAUUCCAUGUUGAUUUUGCUUUAUAAAUGUCUUACGAUGUGCAAAAUUACACUUUUACAUGAAGCUGCAAAAACUUCAAGAUGGAUUAAAGCAUUCAAAGAGUAUCCGUCCAUGUUAUUGAUUGAACUGUAUGUAAGCUAUUAAACAUACAUGUGAAUCAGCUUUUGAGCUGUGGAUAUAAAUGUUGACACAAUUCACAAACAUUUCUCUUUCUCUAAAAUGGUCUUCUAGCUGUAAUGGUUGCUGUGCAGUGAAAUGUGAAAAAGCUCCGCCCAAAUGACUGUAUUUGAAUUCCAAUUUCAACAAAAAUUUUCUGUGCUUUCCUUCAAAUUUCACUAAUGUGCGUUGUUGAAGUGUAAUCGCCACAACAUACAUGUAGUUUUUUAACUUAACCCAAGACUUUCUUUGGUGAACAGUUUACUUGAUUGCUUCUUUACAUUAUGGGGUGUAACAAACUAUAUUUGAUUCAUGGCUUGUAAACUAGCCAAGGUUGUCUAUACUCACAAUGCCAAUUGAUACUCCGUCUGUGCAUUGAAUGUCAAGCCUCUGAACAAUGUCUGUUUGAUUGCACUUCUCUGCAUCAAUGCAUUUCUAAGCAAAUAGAAAUGAAAGAAA